CAGCUACGGAGCGGAGAAGGAGACGGAAGAGAGAGCGGGAAGGUCCGGGGUUGGCGAUCCUGGUGCGCAGCGCUGGCAGCAGAGGCCGCGGAUCUGCAACGCUGAAAGAUGGCUGAGACUUUGGGGGUCUCUGAGAAAGUGACCCUCUUCCGCCAGAAAAACGGGGUCACUUACCGUGUCCCGGCUCUGCUCUACCUGCCCUCGGAGUCCACCUUCCUGGCCUUUGCAGAGGAGCGCUCCUCGGUGGAGGACCAAGAUGCCAGGUCCUUGGUGAUGCGACGUGGACGGAAAGAGGGCCUGUCCGUCAAGUGGGAUCCCCAAGAACGUCUUGCCACGGCCACGUUGCCAAAAUACCGCCCCAUGAGCCCCUGCCCCGUCUACGAGGCCAAGGACGCCACCAUUUUCUUGUUCUUCAUUUGUGUGCUUGACCACAUCACGAACAAACAACAGAUCUGGACGAGCAAAAACGUGACCAGGCUGGCCUACAUCUUCAGCAAAGAUGGCGGACACACCUGGAGCCCAACGACGGACAUGACCGAACAGGUGAUUGGAGAGGAUGUGAGGAACUGGGCCACGUUUGCUGUGGGACCGGGCCACGGGGUGCAGCUGAGCUCCGGGCGGCUGGUCAUCCCGGCCUACGCUUGCUACAUUCACACACGUUGGUUUGGAUACCCAUUGUGCUGUGGCACCAAACCGCACCCCUUCGCUUUCUACAGCGACGAUAGUGGGAAGACGUGGCUGAAGGGCCAGCUUCUCCGAAAACCUGUGCGGGCCUCGGAGUGCCAAAUGGCAGAGGUGGUGGACCUGAACAACAGCCCGGUGUUAUACUGUAACGCCCGUGGCGGUGACGGAUACCGAGUGGAGGCCUUCAGCAGAGAUGGUGGAAGCCUCUUUGAAGCCCCCUUCCAAUCUCAGAAGCUGGCGGAGCCUCAUAAUGGAUGCCAAGGCAGCGUGGUGAGUUUUCCUUCACCACAACUGGGGUCUCCCUUGGCCUCCUCAAAGACCCCCAAAUCAUGGUUGAUCUUCUCCCAUCCCACCAACCGAAAGGAGCGUGCGGAUCUGGGCAUCUACUUGAACCCCUGUCCAUUGGAGGAGAAUUCCUGGAAGACGCCAUGGAUCUUGAACACAGGACCCAGUGGCUACUCAGACUUGGCUGUUUGCACUGGGGAAAAUCCCCUCUUCUUUGGGUGUUUGUUCGAAUGUGGAGAGUCGAUGUACUGCGAAGAGAUCGCCUUCCGAUUGUUCAGUGGCGCAAAACUCCUGAAAACUCAGGACGCAACCUGUGCAGAAAAGAAUUAACUCCCUAUAUAAGCCAGACCCACAUCUUUGAGGCCCAUCAGCACCAGAGGAAGAUUAAAUCACAGACUUUUUACACGUAUCUUUUAUGAAAGAAACUUUU